CCCAUUUGUGCCACGCCUCUCGCUUCGCGCCUUGCAGGAGAGAGAGAGAGAGAGAGAGCGAGAGAGAGCUCCUGUUCGCUAAUGGAGUGCUACACCGGCAUUGAUGAUGCAUCAGCCUCUGCUGCACAGCUGCUGAUGAAGGCAGCUUCCUUGAUCACUCCUUCUCAGUGGCUCUGGGCUUUCUUCUUGGUGCUUGCCUUCUUUCUCUACAAUUUUAUUGAGAUCCAUCUCAUCGGCGACCUCCUUAGAGGGAUGCGAGGAGAUCCUGUCGCCUUAAUUUAUAAUCCGAACUCUGAUAUCUGCGCUGCCCUUAUUGCCAAAUGCCCAAUUCUUCGGGGCAGAUAUUUGCCGACUCCGUGGCUUCCGAGUCCUCAUCUUCAGACUGCCUUCCUGCAGUUCUUCGGCAGGCCUCCAGUUUUCCAGUACAGGAGGCAAAUAUUCCAUGUGUCAGAUGGUGGGACUAUUGCAUUAGAUUGGCUGUCUUCUAAUGCUUCCAGGAAUCAUGCCUUCAACAAGGCUCUUGCCGAAAAUGAUCUUACCCCCAUUGUGGUGGUAGUCCCUGGACUAACAAGUGAUUCUGCGUCAUCUUAUAUAAGGCAUAUUGUCUAUCAGCUUUCAAAGCAAGGAUGGGAUGUCGUUGUCAGUAACCAUCGGGGACUGGGUGGCAUUUCUAUUACUUCUGAUUGCUUUUACAAUGCUGGAUGGACAGAAGACCUGAGGACAGUUGUUAAUUAUCUUCAUCAGGAGCAUCCAAAGGCUCCUUUGUUUGCUGUUGGCACCAGCAUUGGUGCCAAUAUUCUGGUAAAGUACCUUGGGGAGGAACAAGAUGGUGCUCCAAUCGCUGGUGCUGUUUCUGUCUGUUCUCCUUGGGAUCUUGUGGUUUGUGACAGAUUUAUCAACCGUCGACUUACCCAGAAGUUCUAUGAUAGAAUUCUUACUAUCGGACUACAGGGUUAUGCACAAUUGCAUCAACCAAUACUGUCACGCCUUGUGGACUGGGACUGUAUUAGAAAGUCACGUUCGGUUAGAGACUUUGACAAUUAUGUAACAUGCCUUGUUGGAAAAUUUGAGACCGUGGAUACAUAUUAUAGGAGGUGUAGCAGUGUUAGUUACGUUGAAAAUGUUUCAGUUCCAUUGCUCUGUAUUAGUGCUUUGGAUGACCCAGUCUGCACAAAAGAAGCAAUCCCAUGGGAUGAAUGCAGAGGAAACAAGAACAUUGUUUUGGCUACUACUACUCACGGAGGGCACUUGGCUUACUUUGAAGGAAUGGGUGCUUCUCAUAUCUGGUGGGUGGGGGCAGUGGCCGAAUACCUCUCUGCUUUGCAUGCUAGCCCUUUCAUGCAUAGGAAAAAGAAGAGUGAAAGAUCUGGGUUGCAUGGCUAUCUUGAUUCAUCAAUUGACAAAGGACCAUACGUAAAUGUUAUGGAUGAUGGAAUGCUAAUGGCUUUGGGCAAUGAAGCCACUGCCGAUGACAAAGAGAGAAUUUGCGAACCUGAUCAUAUUCCAGAAAUUCAGACAUCUGUUGAAUCUGUUCCUAGAAGUGAAGGUCCCUCAGAUUCUGAAGCUGUUGCAGGUUCAUCUAUGUGUGAACACACAGAAUCCGGAGUUGUUCCUAAAAGUGAAGACCCGUCAGAUUCUGGCCAACUUCAGAACGUGAACUUUCAGGCUUUAUGUUCUCCUAUAACGAAUAGCAUACGUCAGCUUUCACGAAGACAUAAGGUAUCGACAUGGAUUCUUCUGUAUAUUGCCUUAACCACCACAUGGCCAUUGGUUGGCCCUGCUCUCCUCAUUUUUGCCAAACGGAAGGUCGGGAAGAUCCUGUCAGCGUCUUGGUUAGCAAGGUGAUGGGCUUCAUUUGCAAAAUGGGGUUUCUUUGCUUUACUUUGUAACGAAUGUCCUGUUAAUGCUUAUUGUUUAUAUUCUUGAAAACUGUAUGUCUUGAUCCAUUCGGCACUUUAUUCGUCGAUACCGAGUCAUAAUUCCUCAUGGGAAGAAUCUUUGUACUGGCUUAUGCAUUUGAGAAAUGCAGCUAGUUAGCGCUGGUAAACAAACCCAAAUAAAUUCGCUGUGCCA